AUGGUCGAUGGCUCCAGCACAGGGGAGCGGGAUCGGGCGGGAAGUGCUUGGCAAAAGGGCGCGCGAGCAGGGGUCGACACGAGGAGGGCCGACGAGCCACCUUCCUCUGCAGCUAAUACCACGGUUCACCCUGGAGCCACGAACGUGGAUGAGUACGUCAAGCGACUGCAGUUUCUCAAGGAGCUGUGGCCCGAAGAACAUCUGUCGUUACUUGGACCCAGGGCAGCACUUCUCGCGGAAGGCGCCGCGUUCCAAAAAGUGAGCCGCAUCGCGCCGGACAAGAGUCCGGAUGGAGUCAAGAUUUUAGCAGAGCAGCUGGGAGGGACGUGGGGAAGAUUGCAAGUAGAGGAUAAAUUCCACUACUUUGAGCAAGCCAUCUACCAGACCCAGCAAAAGCAUGAUGAAACCAAUGACUCCUACAUUGCCAGACACGACGCCCAAUUCGAAGAGCUGCUUUCUCGCAAGGUCCAGCUGGAGGAGACCCGGGCCUACAUCCUGUUACGCCAUUCGCAACUUGCACCGGAAGACAAGAAGCGGGUGAUAGUUGAGUCCAAAGGCGACCUCAAGUAUGCCGAGACGAUCAAGGCGAUCAAGCUGCUUGGCUCGCACUUCUUUGGCGAACGUCAGAACAGGAAUGGCUCCAGCGCUGGAACCAGCCGAGGGCAAGAGCGAAACAAGGUCUAUGACGUGAACAUGACCGAGGCCGACGACAGCGAGGAGAUCAAUAUGGCCACCUACGACGAGGAAGUGGAUGAAGACGAGGCUUUCGCUUACUUCUUCGAGCAGUGCGACCAGGAUGCGCUCUACAUAGCGGAGUUCGAAGAUGAAGCCCGAGCCCGCUUCCGCGAGAAAGCGCGGUCAAGGGGCUUUUGGCCCGUCGGGAAGGGCAGUGGCAAGCAGUCGCGGGGCAAGAGCUAUGGCAAGAAAGGUGGUGGUUUCGGCAAGGGCAAGCGUCCGAGGACGCUAGCAGAAAGGAUCUCGACCUCGACGCGCCGCUUGCGCGGGGCGGUUGGACAUUGGAAAAGGGAAUGUCCAAAGAACCUGGACAACCAGAGUGGCAACCACAAGGUCGAAGUGUCCCACCUUGCGACCCUCGACGGCAAGAACGAGGAGGACAGCGACGAUUCCGCCCCGGAAUUUCUCCAGGACCUGCCGGAGGACGCCAUCAUGUACAUGGAUGAGCUCAGCAUCUCCGACAGCCAGGCCGCAGACCUCUCGAUCUCUGGAGACCAGACGAUCGACACCUGA